CUCGCCCACCCCUUCCAUCCUCAGCUGAAGCCAAGCCUCCUCCUCCCGCUUAGCAGCCGGCCAAAGGAGAAGUCAGUGGGAGAGUGCGAUAGAUAGAGAGACCGAGCCGAGAAAAACCAUCAAAACGAGCGAAAAAUCAGAGCGAAACCGAGACGCGCGCGUUAGAGUCUCCGAAGCUUAUCUCUCCAACUCCCCCCGUCGCAGCCUCUCGUUCCGUCCAUUCCUCCGGCCCGCCCGUCAAACCGCGUGCGUGUGCUCUGCUCCCCGGCUUGGCGUCUCCUCCGAUCCUGUCCUGUGCUCGAGCUGCUGUUCUGGCUCUGUUCUGUUCCACAUCUCCCGCGAGGUAAAAAAAAGAGAGGGACAAGAACUUAACAACAAGCCACGAAAUAUAAACACGCACACGAGCGCGCUAGUACCAGAGUAGCUAGCUGCAAGCAAGUACAACGUAGAAGCUAGCGCCGUCACUCGUGGUGCAUCCUUUUUUGUGGCAACCUGCAGCACCACCUGACCUGACACAGCAGGUAGCGUAGCUAGCUAGCUGAGUGUGUCAUUUGCGGGGGACCAGCAGGGAAGCAUGGCACUGACAGUGUUCGAGACCAGCGAGCAGCAGCAGCAGCUCCUCCCGUGCCAGCAAGCCGUCGAGCAGGCCGGCGAUGGCGGGAAGGCGCCGGCUGCGGCUGGUGGCGCCGAGAAGGCCGCCGUGACGCUGAAGGAAACAGACCGCGGCGGCGACGACGACGGCCCGGAGAGGGCCGACAUAUGGAACAUGAUCCAGGCGCAGAAGCCGACCGCGGCCGCGGCCGCGCCCAAGCAGGCGCAGGCGCCGUACGUGCACCCGCUCGUGCGCCGCUCGUCGAGCCUGCUGACACAGAAGAGCCUGGAGAUCUGCACCGAGAGCCUCGGCUCCGAGACGGGCUCCGACGGCUUCUCCGACGCGGACGGCUCCAGCACCGACCGCUCGUGCCCGGGCUCCGACGACGAGCGCGAGGAGGCGGUGGCCCCGCGCGCGCCACCGCCCAGGGCGUUCCCGCCGCCGCUGCCGUCGCUGGCGCGGCGCAAGGUGGAGUCCACCAUGGAGAUGAGGCAGGAGCGCCAGGGCGGCCGCCUGCUCGUCAGGGUCGUCCCCGUGCCGUCGUCCACUCUGUUCCGCGCCCAGCGCCGCGGCGGGCGCCUGCUCCUGUCGUUCGCCGACACGGCCGCCCCCGCCGCGGAUGAGAGCCGUGGCCAGGUGGAGCCUGUGCAGCAGGCCGACGAGCACGACGCCCACGAGGAGGAGGAGGACGAGGACGUGGAAGAAGACGACGACGACGAGGAGGUAGAGGUCGUGGACAGGGGAACCGUCGUGGAGUUCAAGGUGAGCACGCAGCCGCAGGCGCGCAGCGGGAGUGGCCCGCGCGUGCGCCGCUCCUCGCUCGUCAUCAACAAGUUCGUGGGCGCCGAGCCAGCGGCCACCUGCGAGAUCAACGCCGGCGCCGCCCCCACCGCGCCGCAGGAGCACUCGCCCAAGCACAGCAGGCGCUCCACCGGGUCCACCACCACGGCUGUCGCGGCGCUGGCCGCGGCCUCGGUCCUGAGUGCCACCGCCCCGCCGCCGUGCAAUGGUGAGGACGUCGUCCCCGGCGCCACGUGCGGCGAGAACAAGCUCCUGAUGACGGCGAAGCGGCGCAGCAGCAAGGAGGAGCUGCUCAACCACAUGCGCCGGUGCAACCAGCUCCGUGGGCAGCUCUUCUUCUGGGAGCCGCGCAUCGCCACCUCCUCUUGAACCCAACCCCGACCGACGGCGACCGGCCGCCGCCGUCCCUCCCAUUCAUGCUUCAACGAGUGCUCUGUUUGUUCGCAGCAGCCGCCGCCACCGCUGCUGCUGCAGGUGUAACGUACGUACGUAACGUAAUGCUGCUUGUUGUUAGUAGUAAGUGAAGAUCGUCACGUGAUUGGCUUAGCCGUGUGUGUGUGUGUGUGAGGUGAGAGCUAUGGAGAGAGAGCGCUUAGCCCCAUUGGUUUGGCAUGUCACCUUACGUGCCCUGCCUGAUGUAUCUACUACUACCAUUUACGUGCUGCUGCUACUACUAGUGACCGUUGCUUAUCAUUGA